UCAUUGUCAGUCUCUUAAAUUCUAGAAACUUUUAGAAAAAUAAUUCAACAACCUUUUGAAAAGCCUCACUCAAUUAGCUUUACGUUUAGUUAAAAUUAUUAAAUACUUUCUACAUGAAAUCUUAAUAAAAAGCCAUGACUGGUGACUCGUUUAUAUCCCUCAUAUUUGGACUGCAAACUUGGGGUCUGGUGCUGGCUAUCAUAUGCCUGAAUGAGCCCAGGCUGGGUAGGUUCAUCAAGUUAACAGCGGCAAGGAUCUACAAGGUCUAUGCAAAUUACUCUCCAAUUGAAUACUUGAGCGAUGAUUGUUUGACCCCAGUUUCUUUACGCUGCCUAAAACGCGUGGCCAAAAAGACGCUCGUCCUGGAUAUGGACGAGACCCUGAUCACGGCCUGGAUUCAGCGACAGGGCGAUCAUCGACACUCACCGCCCAACGUGCCCCACGACUUCAAGUUCGGCAUUUCGACUGCCAUUUGUAAGGGCGACGUCUACGUUUAUAAACGUCCCCAUGUAGAUCGCUUCCUGAACAACGUGUCCAGGUGGUAUAACCUGGUGGUCUUCACCUGUGGUACGGAGGAUUAUGCUUCACCCAUCCUGGAUUUCCUUGAUAAAGGCCGUGGGAUUUUAGACAAAAGGUUUUACCGUCAACACACUAUUGAUGUCGGUGGCCUGAGGGCCAAGUAUAUAUCUCUGUGUUCCCCGGACAUGGCCAACAUCCUUCUGCUGGACAAUUCCAGUAUUGCAUGUAGCUUUAAUGCAGGCAACUGUAUCCCCAUCUCAUCGUAUAGAAUUGGGCAAAAGGAUGAAGCCCUCCUCGAACUUUUACCAUUCCUGGAUGCCCUCCGUUUCACGAGAGACGUGAGAUCGGUGCUGGGAAAGUGCACUCGCUUCGAUUGCCUCACCACGCUUUUGGAGAGUGUUGCCAAAUGAAUUGAGAUUUAAUUUAAAUGUUUUGGUUUAUUGUUUGUUUUAUUAAAUUUGU